UUCUGCACUACUACUCGGCCACCAUUUCCUUUCCUUUCGGCAUCUCUCCUGCGCGGGCGAGUCGUCCUCCUCGUCCUCGUCGUCCCCUUUCUCUGCUCCCGCGAGAUCUCACCCCCGCUGCGGCGACGCGGCCAUGGCGGGGAGGAACUACCACGGCUACGGCGGCGGCGGCGGCGGGGGCAUGUCCAUGGUGGUGGCGAGCACGCCGGGGCAGGAGCUGGCCCUCACCAACUGCGCGUACGUCUCCUCCGCCGACAUCCGCCGCUUCCCCAACGCCCUCGCCCUCGUCGGCGACGCCUUCGUCUUCACCCUGCGUGCCCAUGAUGCUGUUUCUGCUGGAAGCAUCGCAUUGAAUGCCAUUCAGCGUCGCCAGACGAAGGUUUCAGCUGGGGAUUCAAUCACUGUUAGCAGUUUUGCCCCUCCCGAUGAUUUCAAAUUGGCAUUGCUCACAUUAGAACUAGAGUAUACCAAGGCAAGAACCAACCGAAAUGAGGAGCUGGAUGCUGUUGUGCUUGCCCAACAACUUCGAAGGAGAUUUCUUGAUCAGGUCAUGACAUCUGGGCAAAGAGUACCAUUUGAAUUUUGUGGGACAAACUAUAUAUUCACUGUCAAUCAAGCUUUGCUAGAUGGCCAAGAAAAUUCCACACCUUUGGACAGAGGAUUCCUGUCAAGUGAUACAUACAUCAUAUUUGAGGCUGCGCCUAAUUCAGGAAUUAAGGUAGUAAACCAAAAGGAAGCUGCUAGCAGCAAGCUUUUCAAGCACAAAGAGUUUAACCUUGAAAAGUUGGGGAUAGGUGGAUUAAGUGCUGAAUUCACAGACAUAUUUAGAAGGGCAUUUGCUUCAAGGGUGUUUCCUCCUCAUGUUGUUAAUAAAUUGGGCAUCAAGCAUGUUAAAGGUAUAUUGCUGUAUGGCCCCCCUGGUACUGGCAAAACUCUUAUGGCCCGUCAAAUUGGGAAACUGCUGAACGGAAAUGAACCCAAGAUUGUAAAUGGACCUGAAGUCUUGAGCAAGUUUGUUGGAGAAACUGAGAAGAAUGUGAGAGAUUUGUUCGCUGAUGCUGAAAAUGACCAGAAGACACGAGGUGAUCAGAGUGACCUCCACGUUAUCAUUUUCGAUGAAAUUGAUGCUAUCUGCAAGUCUAGAGGAUCUACCAGAGAUGGUACGGGUGUACAUGAUAGCAUUGUAAAUCAGCUCCUUACAAAGAUAGAUGGUGUUGAGGCAUUGAAUAAUGUGCUCCUCAUUGGAAUGACCAAUCGUAAGGAUUUACUUGAUGAAGCUUUACUGAGGCCUGGACGAUUGGAAGUUCAUAUUGAGAUAAACCUGCCUGAUGAAAAUGGCCGUUUGCAGAUUCUUCAAAUUCAUACGAAUAAGAUGAAAGAAAGCUCUUUCCUUUCCCCGAAUGUUAAUCUUCAGGAGCUAGCUGCACGGACAAAGAACUACAGUGGAGCAGAGCUGGAAGGUGUCGUCAAAAGUGCAGUCUCAUAUGCUUUGAACAGGCAGAUAAGCAUGGAUGACCUUACCAAGCCUUUGGAUGAAGAAAGCAUUAAGGUUACUAUGGAUGAUUUUGUGAAUGCACUUCAUGAAAUUACCCCUGCAUUUGGUGCUUCCACUGAUGACCUUGAAAGAUGCAGGCUAAGGGGUAUGGUUGAUUGUGGCAAGGCACAUAGGCACUUGUAUGAGAGAGGUAUGCUUCUUGUUGAGCAAGUUAAAGUUAGCAAAGGUAGUCCACUUGUGACAUGCCUCUUGGAAGGUCCUGCUGGAAGUGGUAAAUCGGCUUUGGCUGCUACUGUUGGCAUUGACAGUGAUUUUGCUUACGUCAAAAUUAUAUCAGCAGAGACAAUGAUUGGUUUCAGUGAAAGCAGCAAAUGUGCACAGAUUUGCAAGGUUUUUGAGGAUGCAUACAAAUCUCAGUUUGGCAUCAUAAUUCUAGAUGACAUCGAAAGGUUACUGGAAUAUGUUGCCAUUGGACCACGCUUUUCAAACAUAAUCUCACAAACUCUACUAGUCCUUCUCAAGAGGGUUCCUCCUAAGGGCAAGAACUUGCUUGUUAUUGGAACAACAAGUGAAGUAGGCUUUCUAGAAUCCAUUGGUAUGUGCGACGUGUUCUCCGUGACAUACCAUGUCCCCAAACUGAAAAAGGAGGAUGCUACAAAGGUGUUGCGGCAUCUCAAUGUGUUCGAUGAAGCGGACAUUGAUGCGGCUGCAGAAGCACUGGACGAUAUGCCAAUCAAGAAGCUGUACACACUCGUUGAGAUGGCUGCACAAGGGCCAUCAGGAGGAAGCGCGGAAGCAGUCUAUGGUGGAGAGGAAAAGAUAGAUAUCAACCACUUCUUUAGCAUCUUGAGUGAUAUUAUCCGCUAUUAACUACACGGCGUCGGAAUGAACCCUAGGUGACACCAUAGGAAUUUAAUUGCACAUUUCUUCUUACUUCAAGUUCUCCCUUUUGCCACCGUCGCCAGGGUAUAGGGUUGUUUGAUCUUUGAGGUUCGUGUCUCCUUGUUGUGCCGCUUUGAGCUUUUGUUGGAAUGUUGUUAUGAUUCGGACAGAGGUUAUACCUUACACGAUGUAGCAUGUUUCAACCGUAUGUUUCGAUACUUUCCCAGCACAGAGUUGCACGAAUAUGAUUUUGGGUGGCUCCUUUCCGGCUUUC